GUUCGGCUUUCUAGCUGUCUGUAAUGGCGGAAGGAGACCAGAAGGAAAAGUCAGACAGAAUGACAUUAGAAUUAUCGCUUAAUGAAGAGGAGAGUUACUCCGCCUCGAGUGUGGCUUCAGACGCGCCAGCUGAGCAAGAAGCGCGUGCGGAGUUAGCAUUAGCUACAGCAGAAAACACAACCGAGCCUGAGCUUCCAGCUGUCCAUGUCCUCUCAGACAUAAUUAUUCACAGAUAUGAAGGCGGCAGGUCAGGAGAGUUGUUCCACGGGGAAGGAGUGGCCUACUUUAGGGGUGGACAUGUAUACAAGGGAAACUUUGUAGAUGGCUUUAUGCAUGGUCAUGGAGAAUACACAUGGGCAGAUGGUUUAAAGUAUGAGGGGGACUUUGAAUCAAAUGCUCCUAUGGGACAUGGGACAUACACGUGGUUAGACUGUAGCACCUAUGAGGGAGAGGUAUGCAAUGGCAUCUGCCAUGGCACAGGAACUUACAAAUCUGCCAAAACCUGCACUGUAUACAGAGGACAAUGGCACAAAGGCCAAAGACAUGGCAAGGGGACAAUGUAUUACAAUCAAGAGGCGACAUCAUGGUACAAGGGUGAUUGGGAAAACAACCAAAGAGAAGGCUGGGGUAUGCGCUGCUAUCCAUCAGGAGACACAUAUGAAGGCCAGUGGAAGAACAGCGUGAGACAUGGGGAAGGAACUAUGAAAUGGAUUCAUUUGGGUCAGCAAUAUAGCGGGCAGUGGCUAAAUGGUGUUCAGCAUGGAUACGGGAUACACACGUGGUUUGUGCGGCGAGUUUCUGGAUCUCAGUAUCCCCUCAGGAAUGAGUAUGAAGGAGAAUUUGCUCAAGGCCUGCGUCAUGGUCAAGGAACGUUCUUCUAUGCAAGUGGAGCAGUUUAUUCCGGAUGUUGGAAGGAUAACAAAAAACACGGUCAGGGAAAAUUUAUUUUCAAAAAUGGCCGUUUAUAUGAAGGGGAGUUUAUCGAUGACCGUAUGGCGGAAUUCCCAGCAUCCUCCACUAUUUCAUUAUGUGCACUAGGUGGCUUACCUAGUAGAGCUGAAGAAUCAGGCAAUAGUGCUUCACUACUUGGGCCUGACAUGGCUUUGAACAUAGAGACUCUAUUAAACCGAAUUCCUGAAGCGCAAAGAAGGCAGGAGCUCAGACAGGUGGAAUUUGCCAUUAUGAGACAUAUUGCAUUGCUGAGGCCAAUAUACAGUCUGUACAGCAGCCUUGGACAUGAGAACUCUCCAGACAACACUUUCCUGCUCAGUCACCUACAGUUCUGGCGCUUUCUUAAGGACUGCAGUGUCCACCAGCAUGGAUUAACACUGGCACAGUUGGACCACCUUAUUAACAAGGAUAUCUCUCCAGGGGAGGUUCAUUCACCCUUUAGUACAAUGUUGCUGAGAAAGUGGAUUAGUUGUGUUGUCAUUGCAGCAUACCAUAUUUACCACAGAGACUUUGAGUCCUCUAGCUAUGUACUUGCAGAGUGCUUUUCCAAGCUCAUGAGGCAGAACAUCAUUCCCAAUGCUAAGAAUGUAAAAGGACCUCUUUACUGCCACCCUCUUCGUGCUGUGAUUGGCAAGAACUAUACAGACAGAUGCUGGGAGAUAUAUCAGACUGUCCCUAAAGUCACCUCAGCUGCCAUCUCUGACAACAUCAUGACUGCCAGGCACUUCAUCUGGAUGUUUAAGGUUCUUGGUCUCUUUGACCAUACACUAACCACAAGAAGAUUACUGGAGAUCCUUUCACUGGAAAAUCCUGCAAUCUACAGUUCUACUCACAGUAACCUGGAUUUGGAGAUCACUUUUCUGGAGUUCUUUGAGGCUCUGCUGGGUUGUGCUGAAGUGAAGAACACAGAUGGAUUCAGAACUGCACAACACAGACAGUGUGAGUUGGGUUAUCCUGUUGAGACUUCCUCAAGAGAUCAGAUGAAAAACAGCCCUAUUCUGAGCCAGUUGGCUUCUCCUCAGCAAUAUGAGUCAACAGUGCUGUCCUCAAGCACCAUCAGUUCAUCGGCUGCCACCAGCGUAAAAUCACUUGAGGAAUUUAAAUCCAAGGCAACAACACAGUCAUCCCUAACUGAAGAAAUACAAUAUAAAGAUCAGGGAAUUGACCUAUCUAAGCUGGCUGUUACAAAAACACCUGAGAUGGAAUUGAACAAACAAACUACAAGCAGUGUUUUAGACACACAUGGGACCAAGCCACCAUGUACAAACACAGAAGUAGCUGAAGACGGGCGACCAGAAGAACAGCUGGAGAACUGGAUCAACCGUAUUCACCAGUUUUUUACACACAUAUUCUUCCCAGCAUAUGAACACACCUUGGUGUGGAAAAAGGAGAUGCAAAAGGAACACCAAAGACAAACCACAGAACACAGAAUCACUCUAGAAAAGGCCAAGGCGAAUGCUAAACUAAGAGAGCAACGGAGGGCAGAAGAGGAGAGCUCCAAAGAAAAAGAGGAGAGCUUCAAAGAAAUAAUGGAGGAAGAGGAAGAGAGAAGCCAUGUCUUAGAUGACCAGAACAAUUCACCUGCAGCUCUCACAACCCCAGUGACCUCCUCCAACUCUGUGGAUUUGAAGCAAUCACCCACCAACAAGAAGAAGAAAAAGAGAAAAUGACACCAAGGUUUUCCAAAAAAAAAAAAAGCUUAUUUUAA